UUGCCGUAACCGUGGACUGCUUUUUUUCACCCGGAGUCUUGACCGCCUGACGUCAGCGCUGUGUUACGGCUGCAGAGCAGUCACGAUAGCCUGAAAAUCAUAUCAAAAUGACGACGCACUUCAUCAAUGUGCUGCGGCAGGCCUUUAAAACAUUCGACCGGGCGAACCAUGCCAAUUUCCAAGCUAAUCUUCAACAUCUACGACAGCUAACAGAUGAACUGACACACCGGGACCUCCACCUACGUGAGGACCUAUUCCGGAGCCUGGCCGCUAACCGUGCACCCUGCAGCUACAUGCACAUUUUCGAGGACGAGCGCUUCUCCAUGAGUUUGUUUAUAGUCAGAGGAUCGAGUAACAUCCCUCUCCACGACCAUCCCAUGAUGUUUGGACUGCUCCGUUGCAUUUGGGGCCAACUGGUGGUACAGAGCUAUUCCCAACAACUCGGAUCGGAUGAUCCUCUAGCCUAUGAUCCCCAUCCCACAAUGGUUAAGGUAAAUGCUGAGGAGCCAUGCCUGGUUACACCUGAUACUCCGUGCGCCACGUUGACCCCAAGGAAGAGGAACUUCCACCAGGUUGCCCAGACGGGAAACGGAGGUGUGGCCGCCUUUUUUGAUAUUCUAAGUCCACCGUACGAUGCGGAUAUGCCCAUAUAUGGCCCUCGCCAGUGCCGCUUUUAUCGACCCAAAACAGAUGGUGGGCAGCUGCAGCUCCAUCGCAUACCCUCCCCUGUCACCUACUACUGCGAUGUGGUUGAUACCCCGGAGACUGUUCUGCGAGCUGCGUUUCAAGUUGCCGAUGAAUGCUAUGCGGCUAGUGCCGUCGUGCCAAGGAAUCAGUGAUUCGUCGCUUUUCCG